CACCACUGCUCCAUCAUGUGGCAUCCAAUCUCCUGGACACCACGUGCCCAGUGGUCACCAAACCAUUUAAAGCUAGUCACUGUCUAUGUCCUGAUGCUCUUGGUGUCGCUCAGCUUUGCCUCGGGACAGAGCAGGCCAUUUAAACACCAGAUAGACAACAGAAGUCCUGAGAUCGACCCUUUCUGGUAUGUGGGCCGUGGUGUUCGCCCCAUCGGUCGCUUUGGGAAGAGGCAGCUAAGAAGCAGCCGUGGCAGCCUGAGGCCUGUGAGCAGACACCUGGAUUUCAUCUUGAAUGCUUUGUGGGAGCAAAAAUCAUUGGACACAGAGGACAGUGACUGGUGAUCUCUGUUCCCCAAGGUGGUGACCCAACCUCUGUUCUUUGAAUUGUGUCCUCCCCUGCACCUCAGACCUACAGUUCUGCUUUGCCUAGAAAUCCCACACUGCUCUUCUUUCUGCUCCUUGUGCAAGUACCUUCAAAAAGAAACAUGUUCAGGGUGCAGGUAAAAGACAAUGCAUGGACACCAGCACUGAGUGCCACCACUGCUUAUAAAAAUGUUUCUUCAUUGUGCAUCCCCAGCAAUCUCCUGAUCCUGUUCACUGCUAGGUUUAUCCAAAACCCACACAGCUUUUGGGCUGGGAUUUAAACUCUGCAGUGUUAAAUGUAUCAUGAAACCUUCCUGUCACUUU